AUGGCAUCACACCAGGAUACACUGCCUCUGUCCCAACAGGACCUGCUCGAACAGCUCAACAGUGGUACCCCCAACCCAAGAGAGGAUGAGCAACAGCGUAUGGCCUCUGUCAUAGCGGACCAUCUCCCGCCUGGCUACACAGCUGCCUUUGAUGGUUUCGACGGUCCAGGCCCUGCUGCAGCUGCUGCAGACACCGAUGCUGAGGCGAGCCCAGACCAGGCAAACAACGGCAGCAACAGCACAAGGGGCUCAUCGCUCCGCCUGCAGGGUGGUGAUAUCCAUCGUGCGCUCUUCAAGAUUCCUGUCAAGGCUAGUCUGCAGCGCGCCAUGACCUUUUCCCACCCGGAAAGGACGUCUACGCCCGAUCUGCUGCGGCCAGAUGACGAAAUGACUGCCACUGAGAUCACGGGGCCGCAGGGCUUCCGUCGCCAUCAUGUGCUGGCACAGCAGAGGCGGACCCGUCCCGGUUUCUCUGGCGGUGCGAGCAUCCCCGUGACGCGAAACUUUGUCGAGUUUCUCGACCUGUACGGCUCGUUUGCCGGUGAAGAUCUCGCCGACUCCGACAUAGACGAGUCCGAGCUCUUGACGGACGACGAGGCCACACCUGGGUCACAGGACCAGGACGACCAGGAGCCUGACGAGACGAGCCCACUCGUUCGGCGGCGGAGGCCUCUGAUGCGCCGCAAGUCCUCUCGUGCCAUGAGGCCCGGCAAUGCGGGUACGGCCAAGACCUUCUUCACCCUGCUCAAGGCCUUCAUCGGAACAGGCAUCAUGUUCCUCCCCAAGGCCUUCAACAACGGCGGCAUCCUCUUCUCGUCGCUCUGCCUGGUGUCUAUCGCCGCCAUCUCCAUGUGGGCCUUCCAUCUGCUGCUCAAGUGCCGCACCGCCGUGGGUGGGUCCUAUGGCGACAUAGGACAGGCCAUCGCGGGCGACAAGAUGCGCACCAUCAUCCUGGCAAGCAUCACGCUGUCGCAGCUCGGGUUCGUGUGUACAGGACUGGUGUUCGUCGCCGACAACUGGGGCUCCUUCCUGACGGCUGUCACGCACGGGUCAAACCCGCUCGGCACCAAGGCCUUGAUUGCCCUGCAGGCCGCGCUGCUCAUCCCCCUGAGCUUCAUCCGGGACAUCAGCAAGCUGGGCUUCGCAGCCACACUCGCCGACGUGUUCAUCCUUAUCGGCCUGGUCUACAUCUGGGACUUCGACAUCACUGCCUUGGCCAGGCACGGUGUCGACCCCUCGGUCCAGCUCUUCAACCCGGCCGCCUACACUCUCACCAUCGGCGCCUCCAUCUUCACCUUUGAGGGCAUCGGCCUCAUCAUCCCCAUCCACGCGUCCAUGCGCCGCCCAGAGCAUUUCGAGCCGCUGUUGGGCGUCGUCAUGCUGAUCAUCACCUGCAUCUACACUUCUGUCGGCGCCAUGUGCUACGCCACCUUUGGCUCGCGCACUCAGAUCGAGGUUAUUGACAAUUUCCCCCAGACCUCAAGGCUCGUCAACGCCGUCCAGUUCAUCUACGCCCUGGCUGUGCUGAUAGGAAAUCCCGUGCAGCUGUUCCCGGCCAUGCGAAUCCUCGAGGGCAGGAUCUUUGGUCACCGCAGCGGCAAGAAAGACCUGUGGACCAAGUGGAAGAAGAAUUUCUUCAGGACGUUCCUGGUCAUUCUCUGCUGCGGGAUCAGUAUCGGCGGGAGCGCGAACCUGGACCGUUUUGUCGCGCUCAUCGGGAGCGUGGCCUGCGUCCCACUGGUGUAUAUGUACCCGCCAUUCUUGCACUAUCGUGCCGUGGCGAGCACGACGAGGGAGAAGGCCCUGGACGUGGCGUUGAUGGUGCUGGGUGCGGUGGGGAUGGUCUAUACAACUGCCAUCACGAUUGUGAGCAGCUUCUUGUGAGGCAGGGUCUGUAAUGAAGGGCUGGUUGGUUAUGCAGAGACGGAAUGGGGACAAAGUGAGCAAGCGCUAUAGAGAGGAAGGGGAAAAAUAUUUUACAAUUGAAGAAGAAGAAGAAGAAGAUGGAAAAGAAGAUGGAAAAGAACAAGAAGAAGCAUUUCAGCGGCGCUUUGGUGUGUGGAAAAGAAGGAAUAAUUUCUUGGACAAGAGAGGGAAAAACGACCAAAAAGUGCGGUCGACGAUUUUGCUUUGCUGUAUUGCUUUCCGUUUACAUUGUAUAUACAGGUUUUUCUUGUCCC